GGCGAAAUUAAUGUCAGACGAGCCAACAACAACAAAGCGAUCGGACGUAAUCGGAAUAAUUUUUUUUGUUUUUUUUUGUUUUCGUCGAUUUUCUCCAGUCUCGUCGAUCGUUAUGUGAACAUUAGAAUAAGUCAUCGGCAAACCGAAUAGUUUGUAUAAUAUUAUCUUCGACACAAUAUAAGUAACGAGCUGCGCGCGCGCCCGCCCCCCAGGCACAUCCGACGCGUCCGUCGAUAACCAAAUUUGGGAGCUGUGAACCGUCCGGGAAGUCGUACGCAAAAUGUCGAAUGUCGCCAGUACCUUCAAACACGAUUAUAUAGGCGGUGGAAAGUACCGUGUCGUCCGGAGGCUCGGCAGCGGGUCUUUCGGCGAGAUAUUUCUGGGGCUCAACGUUAUCAACGGCGAGGAGGUGGCAAUAAAAUUUGAAAGUGCAAAAGCUCGCCAUCCCCAGCUGCAAUAUGAAAGCAGACUUUAUAAAGUAUUACAAGGAGGAGUUGGAAUACCACAUAUGAGAUGGUUUGGAUUAGAAAGAAACUACAACAUCUUAGUGAUGGACUUACUGGGUCCAUCAUUGGAAGAUCUAUUCAAUUUUUGUUCACGGCGGUUUACACUUAAAACAGUUCUUAUGCUUGCCGAUCAAAUGAUCAGUCGUAUUGAGUAUGUACACUGUAAAAGCUUUAUUCACCGUGAUAUUAAACCAGACAACUUUCUUAUGGGAAUUGGACGUCAUUGCAAUAAAUUGUUUCUUAUUGAUUUUGGAUUGGCUAAAAAAUAUAGAGAUAUGCGUACCAGAACGCAUAUUUCAUACCGUGAGGAUAAAAAUCUUACAGGAACAGCCCGUUAUGCUUCUAUCAAUGCUCAUUUAGGAAUUGAACAGAGCCGUCGGGAUGAUAUUGAAUCCUUGGGAUAUGUACUUAUGUAUUUUAAUAAAGGAUGUUUGCCAUGGCAAGGAUUAAAGGCAGCAACAAAAAGGCAAAAAUAUGAAAAAAUUAGUGAGAAAAAAAUGUCAACACCUGUCGAAUUCCUAUGCAAGGGAUUGCCAGCAGAAUUCGCCAUGUUCCUAAACUACAGCCGAGGUUUAAGAUUUGAAGAAUCACCAGACUAUAUGUACUUGAGACAAUUAUUCCGCAUUCUAUUUAGAACGUUAAAUCACCAAUAUGAUUACAUAUUUGAUUGGACUAUGUUGAAACAAAAGGAGUACAGUAAUGAUGGACAAAAUGCUGCUGUACCACAAGGCGGCUCACCUGUGUCCGGCGCAGCUGCAGCUGGAGGACCACAACCAUUUCCCCCCCAGACGUCAGCUACCCUAGCUACUGCGAACCAGGCGAGCAAGAACUGAGCCUUCAUGUACUUUAAUUUUAGCUUUGAAUUUAUAUAUUGAUAUAAAUAUUUUGAAAUUCAGCAACUAAUUAAAGCAAUGUCAAAUCUGAAAUUCAAAUCUUUUUAUUUUUCAAUUUUCAAAAUUGUGCACAAAAAUUUAAAAGAAAAUCUCACACGAAGUGUAUAAUUUUAUAUAUUUUUUUUUUUAGUGUAUUACAUCAUAAUGUACAACAAUUUUUGUUUCAGGUAAUCACUAAAAUUAAAACUAAACAAUGGAUCCCUUAUCCUUUAACCCUCCUGGCCCCUCUAUCUAAAAUGCGAUUUUGUAUUAUUUUUUAUUUGCCAUCAUUAUAUAGCAUUAUAAAAAAAAAGUUAUAUGAAUCGCGCCUUCCUCUAUUUUGUGGAGUGGAGUGGCCAAAACUGAUAUACUCCCAUCUCUCUUUUUUAUUAUUAUUAUUAUUAUUAAUUCCUCUCAUUGACUUUUAUUAUAAUGGAAACCAACUAUUUUGAAAAUACACGCUCUUGUAUGUAUUGUCAAUUCAAAUAAGUCGUACUUCAUAUAAUAUAUAUGUAUUUAUAUUUUAUUAUAUGCAUACAUAUAAAUAUAAAUAUAUAUAUAUGUUUUUUUUCAAAGUUAAGUAUUAGGUGAUACAGAAACUUACUUUUAAAUUAAAAUAAUUAUAUAUAAAUAAAUGUCGUUUAUGUAUUAAAUAAAAUAAAAAACUAUAACUCAUUUUUAUUAUUA